AUGUCGUGGAAGGCGACGGAGAAAUUGACGGAGAGCAUCAAGCAUUAUGCUUGCUUCCCAGCCACUGGCGUCAGUCUCCGGCAGAUGGUGCAAUUCGGACAAACUCCAUCGACGGGCACGCUUUUCCGCGCCUCGCAGUUCCUCUCCGAAGAACUUCCUAUACGCCUUGCACAUAGGGUGCAAGAGCUCGGAGACCUUCCAGAUGGACUCAAUGAAAUGCCUUCCAUACAGCGCGUGCAAGAUUGGUACUCGCAGUCCUUCGAGGAUCUGACACAACUCCCCAAACCCAACCUCUCAUCCGAAAUCCGAGAACGUUUGCUGCAGCCAAUGAGACAGACUGGCCGUGACUCAAGAGUCCUCAGUCAAACUACAGAUAAUCCGAGCGUGAAGACUGGCCAAUAUAGAUCCAUACCAAACCCCAAUGGAAGUCAAAAUGGCAAUGGUACGAAUGCGAAGUCUUCAGGCUCUACGCGAAGAUACUAUGCAACUACAGAUGACGGUGGAGACUGGCCGCCUGAACUCAACGACUACAAUAAGAGAUUCGCCAAGAGCUUGGAGAAGAUCAAGCGGCGGCAUGACAGUGUCGUUACUACCGUUGCACAGGGUAUCCUGGAGUACAAGCGCAAGAGACAACGUAUGCAGAUCGACAAGAAUAUUCAGUCAUUUCUGGAUCGGUUCUACAUGUCUCGAAUAGGCAUCAGAAUGCUACUAGGCCAGCACAUCGCCCUCACAGACCAGCGUCAAUCCAAAGAGCCUGAUUAUGUUGGAAUCAUAUGUACAAAGACGAAUGUUGCGGAGUUGGCGCAGGAAGCUAUUGAUAAUGCGAGAUUUGUUUGCGAGGACCACUACGGGCUCUUUGAUGCCCCGAAGGUGCGACUCAUUUGCCGACCGGAUUUGAAUUUCAUGUACGUUCCAGGACAUUUGUCACAUAUGUUGUUCGAAACGCUCAAGAACUCCCUUCGCGCCGUUGUGGAAACACACGGGCAGGACAAGCAAGAGUUUCCUGAAACGAAGGUUGUGAUAGCAGAAGGCAAGGAGGACAUCACGAUGAAAAUUUCGGAUGAGGGAGGCGGCAUUCCACGAUCUACCAUUCCACUAGUGUGGACGUAUAUGUAUACGACGGUAGAGACAACGCCCAACCUGGAUCCAGAUUUCAACAAAAGUGACUUCAAGGCGCCCAUGGCCGGGUUUGGGUACGGACUGCCCAUUUCUCGACUAUACGCACGAUAUUUCGGAGGGGACUUGAAGCUCAUAAGCAUGGAAGGAUACGGCACAGACGUAUAUCUUCAUCUUAAUAGACUAUCAUCCUCGUCGGAACCGCUGCAAUAG